AUGCUGCAUAACUUCCAGUUCAAAACAAAAAGAUCAGAACCUAGAGAGUACCUAGUUACUUGCGCAGAUGAAAAAUGCAACUGGUUGGUGAGAGCAUCUAAGUACAGAAAUCAAGAUUUAUUCAAGGUACGGAAAUGCAAUCCAAAUCACACUUGCUCUGUUGAAAUUGUUUUGGAAGACCAUAGGCAAGCAAAAAGCAUCGUAGUUGGGGAAUUAAUAAAGAAUAAGUACAAGUCAAUCAAAAGAAAUUACACUCCAAAUGACAUCAUGAAUGAUAUGAAUGAUGACUUUGGAGUAACUAUGGGAUACACAAAAGCAUGGAGAUCAAGAGAGAAAGCUUUGCGUCUAGUAAGAGGGAACCCCGAUGAUUCAUAUCAGAAGUUGCCAAUAUAUCUUUACAUGUUGAAAAAAGCAAAUCCAGGAACAAUAGCACACCUACUCACAGACAAGGAAGAUAGAUUCAAAUACCUAUACAUAGCUUUCUCUAACUCAAUCAAGGGUUGGAGAUACUUGAGGCCUAUAAUUGUUGUUGAUGGAACUUUUUUGAAAAAUGCACAUGGUGGUACCCUGUUUUCAGCAUCAACGUUAGAUUCAAACAACAACAUUUUCGUGUUGGCUUUUGGAAUAGCAGACUCCGAAAAUGAUAACUCAUGGCUAUGGUUCUUCUCCAAACUGCGAGAAACCUAUGGAGAACCCGAAGGAUUGGCUAUAGUUUCUGACAGACAUAAGAGCAUAGACAAUGCAGUACAUAUGGUGUACCCAAAUGCUUUCCAUGGAGCUUGCAUGUUUCACUUACUCAAUAAUUUGAAAGGCAAGUAUGGGAGCCAUGGAGAAGAACUACAAAUGAAAUUCAUUGCAGCAGCAAAAGCAUACACACAGACAGAAUGUGAAAACUACAUGAAAGGCCUUGAUAGAAUUGAUAGACGCAUUAGGCCCUAUUUAGAAAAAGCCAAGUAUGAAACUUGGGCAAGAUCAUACUCGCCAACAAAAAGAUACACCAUGAUGACAUCCAACAUCGCAGAAUCACUCAACGCUGCACUAAAAGCUGCAAGAAAUCUCCCCAUUGAUAUCUUGGUUGAAUGCCUUAGAAGUUUGGUUCAAAAGUGGGUUUGGAACAACUCAAAUAAUGCAAAUGGAACAUUCACAAAAGUCUCUACAGCAACAGAAAAUGAAUUGAGACAUGACAUUGUUUCAAAAAUGAAGUAUGAGGUCUUGCCUUUCAACACAAUAGAAUACCAAGUUCGUGAUCAAAAGGGGAUAAAUUUCACAGUAAAUAUACAUAAUAGAACAUGCACUUGCAAUAGGUUCCAAGAAGAUGAAAUACCUUGUGGCCAUGCAGUAGCUGUCAUUGCAAAAAGAAACUUGAGUGUCUAUGAUUAUUGUGCAAAAUUCUACAGAACAGAAACGUUGAAAGCAUUGUAUCAAGAAAAUGUUCAUCCUUUGCCCCAUAAAGAUGAAUGGAAUCUCCCACAACACUUGGACAUACUAGUGCUGCCUCCAAAUUCAACAAUCCCUACAGGAAGACCAAGAAAGAAACGAAUAAGAUCAAGAGGGGAAAAUAACGUAAUAAUCACCUGUGGGAAAUGUGCACAACCAGGACAUAACAGGAAGACUUGCAGGAAUCCUCCAUUUCAGAAGCCAAAUAAACAGAAAAAGCCAAAGACAUAG